GCAAAUUUUGUUGGCUCCAGGUGAAUCAUUGAAGUUUGGCAAUAUAUGAGGACUCAAAAGAACAGUGACUAUUGUCUUUAAAAGUUAAAAGAUUCAAAAUGUUACGCCAUCGAGAUCAGACACAGGCAGGCACAGAUCACGACAUUAUAUAAACCGAAGCCUCGAGCUUCGCCCAAACAUUAAAGGGUACAGAGUGCAUAGUGACUAAACGACUGACACUUUGAGGAUUUUAUUAAGCGCAACCCAAACAGCGAACUGGGAGCAACUGUGACUCAACAAGCAAAAUGAUGCGGGUAUUGUGAUGUCGGGGACAGCUGGACCCAGCGUUUUGCGGUGGCAUUUGGAGGAGAAAGGUGAAGGUGAGACGAGUGAUCCAUGUUUGUCCAAAAUAGCUUGUGCUAUUUUUAGCCAGCAGAUUGUCCACGGGGGAGCAGGAGCUGGCCUUAACAAUUCAGAUGAUUACUCUUCAAGUCCAUCGACAAUCCUGGAUGUGGAUCGGUACUCACUUGUGCGUGCCAAAUUCUUUUCUGUGUGCAAAUUGACCUAAUUUGGCGCCUGUCAUUUUCUCAAGUGUUGCCACAGGGAACGUUGUCUGUCCCCCCCCUCCCCGACUGAAAUAUCAGGCGGCUGUGCAGAGGCGAUGGAGGUGUGUUCAUAUUUGUUAGCAUGACAUGUUCUUGCCGGAGGGUCCGUGGCAUCGGAAACGGUGGAAUAGGUUGACUACUUGCAGAAUGAGAUGAGAUGAAUAUUGCAUGUGUGGGUAUUUGGAUCAUUUGUGAAAGGGACAGCAUCCACCCCCUUCUUCCUCUGUCCCUCCCCGCCACCUCCUUCUUGUCCUCCCCCCCCCCCUCUCUCUCUCUCUCAGUGAGUCCCAGCCCCUGAAGGUGUCAUAGCUGCGCCCGCUCUCCCUCUCUCUCACUCACUCACUCACCGCCUUUCAGAUCUUUAAAAGCCGGCACCGUGCCGCGUCUCUCUCGAGCUCUGUUCGUCUCCUCUGGCACCGCAGGGGACUCGGCACCGAGGAUUGCUGCUGUCCUAGAAGCAGGAGGGCGAGUGGGAAAAAAAAAGAAAAAAAAAGGGGAGAGAGAGCAGAGGGGAGCUCUAGCUUCAGCCACAUUUACCUGUCAGUGUGGAGAAUCUGAGAAAUGCCUUUGCUUUGUAACUUCACUAGCGUUGUCUUAUUGCUGAUUGUUCACUGGGGAUCAUGGACGGGAGCGAACCGUUUGGGCCCCUUCAAGGUCUGUCCUAGCUGCAGGGAUCCACUGGGGGCGGGUAGGCCCCCCAGGGAGCACAACGUUGCCGGCAGCACGUCGCUGCUGGCCCAGGGGGAGCCCUGUGGUGUGUACACCCUCAGCUGUGCCAAGGGGCUCCGCUGCAUCCCCCCACCCAGGGAGCACAGCCCCCUGCAGGCUCUCUUGCAGGGCAGGGGCAUUUGUGUCAAGCACAGCAGGACCAGUCCCACCGAGCGGCCCCACCCCACAGGUCCUCAUCCUUCACACAGCGAUGACAUUGAAAAAGCGCCGUGUCGCAAACUCCUCAACAACGUCCUGAGAGGCUUGCAGCUGACCGUCAUCCAGUCGGACCGCGACAUCUACAUCCCCAACUGUGACACGCGAGGCUUCUACAGAAAAAAGCAGUGUCGCUCUUCCAAAGGCAUGCACCGCGGCCACUGCUGGUGCGUGGACGAGCUGGGCACUCUGGUGCCCUCUCGAGCCAGCGAGGACGGUGUUCUACCGUGCGACGGGGAGUGAGUGUUGAGCCUGUGCUAUCGUUCUGCGCCUGGAGGAAGACGAGGAGGAGAGGUGCUCAGGGAGACGGGGGCUUUAGCGUGGGCUAGACUAGACCAACACUGCCCGGACAGGAGGUAGCAGGGAAAAUAAAAACACUCCCAAAGGAAAAUACACAUCAAUCGUGAGGGGAACGAUAUGGGUAGACUCGCAGCUCGGGCCUGAACUGCGUCGUCUGUAGACAACACUGCACGCUCACGUUCGCGGCCAUUUGAGCUCUCUUUCCUGCCUCUUGUCCCGGCUUUCGGGUUAGAUUUCUCUUUUGCUUUCUUUUAGGGAUGCACCGUAAUGAAACUUUUCCUCCGUAAGCACAACUGAACAUGAGGAACCCAAGGCCAAAAUAACAAAGACCAAAACAUAGAAAGACAUUGCAAUAUCUUAAAAAAAUGACAUUUUCAUGGCUGGACCAAUAUCAAUACUUUGGCAAAUUUGUGCGAGCUGUCAGGUUCUUUCCGAGUAAUGAGCCCGCUUUGAUGGCUCCCGGAGAGGCAGUCCUCCCCGGCCAGGCGGCCAUCUUGCCCUGGGCCAAUGGCCGGCUGUCACUGCAGAAGAAUUUAAGGCUCAGUUCCCCACCUCCCGCUCAGUUGAUGCGUGGGCGACCACUCAAAAUGUUACCUACAAACUUCAAGUCAGUACCACGUUGGCCAGAAACCAUUCUCGUCAGAGAUCGGGCUUGCUUAAAAGGUUUUUGCUUGCGUCACCGCAACUGUUUCGGACACUAAGUCUUUCGGCUGAAAAACGAAAACGCAGUUCAACGACUGAAUUUUCGGUGCAUCCCUACUUUCUUCUUUAGGAUAGCUGACACUGCCUGUGCAUGUUCUGAUCUCAGCGGGCUUAAAUACUGUUACACAGGUGAAGUGACACAAACGUUUGAAAAAUGUGUCUCCCUCACCAUCCUCUCUCCCUCUCUCCAAAGAUACACUGAUAUCAACGAUUCCAUUCUCUUAAGAGGAAUUUAUUUUUGGGUCUGUUCAUUGUAUACUGCUUUAAGCUUACAACCUUCCUUACCUUCUAUAUUUGUGUAUGUUUUGUCUGGAAAAAAAAAAAAAAAUAGUCACAUGAAAAUGAUCCAGGAUGCUUUAUUUGUCAAGUGAGUGUGGUGAAUGCUUGUCGGUUGAUUGUACAAUAUGUUGGACUCUUGUGCUUGACUGUGUGAUGUUCCGAAGCUGCAGACAAAAAGCGUACGGCUGUUGUCCUUUUCAAAAAGUUGUAAGGCAUAUUUUUAUACACCUCAAUAUAUUUUAUAUAUGAAUUAUUGCUUUUAUUUAACAAACUACAGUAUACUGCCAUGUAUUUUUAUAUUGUCAGCUAUUUCUUAUUUAAAGACUGAGAUUAUUUUUGGUUCAUGUUGGUGGAAGUCUAGUGCUUUAAGGGCACCUAACUUUAUGGGGAAAAAUAUCCAUCAUCGGAGCUCACUUCAACUACUGUACGUGUUUUUAUUUUCUCUUUUAAUUUAUGUCUUGUUGAUUUAAACCCGAGAAUGUCCAUGAAAGCAUUAUGUUUUCCUCUUACUAAUACUUUACUGAACAGAAAAAAAAAGAAAAGAAAAAUGUCUUGCCAAAGUCAUAAAAAUGUGUGUUAAGUGUGAGUAGAAUUUAUCCAUUACUGACCAAUCUUGUUGUGCCGAUGUGUUACCGUGAUGGUUGGAUGUCUGCACACAAAGGACAUUACACCUAAUGAUAAUAAAUAUGGAAAUAAAUAAAACUUAUCUUAAUACAAGUCCAA